AUGGAAAGUGACCAGCGAAGGUCACGGGCGGUGAAUCGUAAUGAGGCCUUGCUCGUUCCGGUACUCGUCAUUACAUGCUCAUUAGGACGCAUUAUUGUUUUUGGAUUCUUCGCUAGUGACAAACGUGUCAAAUUUAAUUGCUUUAUAGAUGUGCGGCUAUGGGUGUCGUUGCUGCUUUUGCAAAGUUUAUUUUUGUCUGUAGUAAGCACCAAACACCUUCGUCGGUCUAUGGCAUCACAUUCGCAUUAUCCCGUAUCCAAAAGUGGAUGGAGACCUGUCGUCGGUUCCAGCGGACUCUUAUAUGGCUCACUGAACACCGCACCACUCCAUGCCCCUUACAAACAACCAAUCCAGGAUUACUAUCAAUCAACUGGACGCCCUGUUGCAACGAGAGAUGCCACCAAACUAACUUCAAUAGCACAAUCAUACCGACCAACAACUUUACGGACAGUGCCAGUUUCACCAGCCCAAAACCAAGCAAUCAGUUCAUACCUCAAUCCAUUUGCUUUACCUAAUAACGGUUUAUCUCAAUAUAAAUUCGUUCAGAACUAUCCCGUCGACAACAUAUUCAGAAAUACACACAACCCCUACCUUUCACGCCCGGUUUAUCAACAGAAGCAACAGACACAGCAGAAGCUGCCCCAUCAAUACCAUAAUAACAUUCUCCAAACACUGACUAGUGCCCAGCCUAUUAAUUUUGGACAAUAUUCUACACCGACCCCCAUAAAUAUUCUUGGAAACCCAGUGCAAGUUUACGCAAGACCUGAUGGUAAGCGACCUCAGUCGGGCCCUGAAAUCUACAAGCAAGAGCUUUAUAAAUUACAGGACAAUGAUCCAGCAUCCCAGUCUGUGACGCAGCAAGUUAAAACCGCUCAGCAGCAGUCUAUUGGUACUCUGACCAUUCCUAACAGACCUCACUUCCAGUACUCACUCCAGGAUUUAGCUGGAAUACAGCAGUUGCCUCCGAGUAUAAUAGGUUCUUUUGGACCUUUCGCAGUGCAGACAGUGAAAAAUAGAGACCCAGCAUAUCCAACUACAAAGGCUACUUACCAACAAUCUCAACAACCGCUUCCAACUAAACAGACUUUCUUUAGUGCAUACAACUUCCCACAAACCAUUAAAACUACACCUACAAUCUACUCAUCCACUCCAAAACUCCAACCGGCUCAGAAUCAGUUAUUCUUUAGCUCUACGUUUAAUGACUUGGCUAACGUACCCACGCCACGAACAAAACCUAUAGCCCCGACAAAAAUCGACCCGAAUUCUGGAAAGAAAGCCGGUGGCGGUGGUUUUAAGCCCAGCCCACAAGAUCCUUUCUCCAAGCAGCAGCAAACAGAAUUCAAUAAGAUCACAACGUAUAAUCCUCAAGCUACACCGAUUACACAGGUUACAUCGUCUCCUAAUCAAUAUUAUGACAAUCAGUAUCAAUAUAAUUUCAACAUUCCAAAUACACAGCAGUUAAAUUAUGAUCAGCAAACUGGAAAUAUUAACUACAAUCAGCAACAACAAUUUUACGAUAAUAUUGGCCUAAAUCAGCAAGUUAAUCAGCAAUAUAUAAAUGCGCCCGGAGCAUCGAGCUUGUUUGGAGCUAUAAAUUCAGUAUCAUAUCAACCGACAUAUGAAGUAACUGAUAAAGAAGCAGACGAUGUAACUCAUGCGUCAACUGGAGGUUGGCUACCUGAUACUUACGAAACAAAUCAAAAAGUGACUGAAGAGACUAUAUCAAAGCCAGAACAUUCCAGUGCACUGUUCACUAACCCAACUACAGUGAUACCUGAACCACCCGAAGAAUACGCUAUUGUAACUGAACCAGAAAAAAACUAUGAAAAUGGAUAUAACUAUGAAAGUAAUUACGACACUCAAAGCAGGCGACCUUUGGGCGAUGAUUUUGAGCCCAUCGGUCAACAUAAACUUAAAGAUUACUACUAUAAAGUAUCAACUCCUUCAUCAAGGCGUACUAAAAAGCCGUCUAAGGUUAUACAAGAAACGGUCACAGAGGCGACAGUUGUAAGUGAAGAGCCUGUAGAAGCCCUACCAACUUUGCCACCGAAUCAACAUUUUAGGCGCCCAAGUGCUUCCGAACCCGUCGAUAAAGACAAAAUUCGUAAAAGAAACAAAAUAAGACGGCGACGACCAAUCGGCAGUAGAGUUAAAGAAGAAUCUACCACAGCUAAAAUAACCACGACAACAACUGAUGCUCCCCAAACAACCGAAGAAGUACAUACAAUCAGGCCUAGAAUCAGACCAGUAAAAUCAAGGACAGAAUCUCCUGUAACAACAGUAAGUGUAACUACUGAUUUAACUACAAGUGCUUUACCAACCAUAUCACCUACCACACCUACUGUAAUGAAGAAGAAACUUAGCCAUCAAAGAUUUCUUGCAACCACAACUGGAAAAACUGAAACGACAACCCACACAACCAAAGAUUUUGAUCAUAACAAAGAGUCACCUAUUAUGAAAAUAGCAAAUAGGCCCCCAACAGCAAAACAUUCAUAUGAAUACAAGACUAGCGAAGUUCCAGAUUAUAGUCAUAAGCAAGAUGAAAAAGAUACUCCUACUAGCGAUAUUGCCGUAAGUUUGGCCGAUUCCUUUAAAAAUACCGCUGAUAUUCUGAAAGAGUUUUCAUUUCAUAGAGACGUAAGACCAAUGGAAAUUACUACUGUUGCUCACGAGAAUACUGAAGCCGAUACAACUACUACUACGACAACAGCGAAACCAGAAACCACAAGAAACAUUGGUAAAAUACAAAGACCAAAAUUAAAGCUUAAGCAUGACCGACCUAAAUUUAGUGUUAAAGAUUACAGGAACCGGCUAAGCUCAACUACAAGUAGCACGGAAAAACCAGUAGAAAAUACACCCAAACCUAGACCACAAAGAAAAAACCCAUAUGCUGAAAUCAAUGUUGAAAUAGAAACUACAACAGAAAGAAAACGAUUUACGCCGAAAGAACCACGUUACAGGCUAAAUAGAACUGAAAAUAAUGAGCAAGAAAUACAUUCACGCCUACACAACAGACAAAAACCAGCUGAAACAGCAGAAAGUACAACACAAAAAAUCUCAGCACGUAUAAGGAACGGCCAACGACGACCGAAGCCUACAGAAGAAACGAUUGAAACAUCAAGCACAAUCGCCGGCAAAAGACCUUUGAGGAAGAAAAUCAAAGACUCUGAAACCGGAGAAUCCGUUCAAGACGUCUCUAUAAACGAAACAACACUCGCUGACAAAAACGAUAUAACUUCAGAGAGAACGAGGUCUGAGAGUGCUAUAAUGAAAAUAGCGGAUAAAAAGCAUCAAGACCACAUAGAGCGUCUGUUCGAGCAUUCUAAACGCGUUUCAGAUUUGACCCUAGCAGCCAGUAAAGACUACAACACGCCAGGCAUGUUUAAAACAGUAUCAUCGAAUAGCAGACGAAUACCGAAUUACUUUACGAUAGCAACUGACGACCCCAUUCUUCCAAUAGAAGCAUUUUUCCCUCAGCUCAACCAAAAGAAGGAAUCUUAA